GCCUUGUCGGCUGCUGGCCUCUCUCCUGGUAGCCCUUCAGCCACGGCUGGGACGUGCGUCUCUGUCUCCUCACUUACGUGGGGUCACCACCCCGUUCCUGGCCUGAUGGGAAUUCAGUGAGCAAAUGAAAGGAAGGAGCCGGGUGUGUCAGGAAUUGAGGUCCUGAAGCAGAUGGUCUCCACCAGGACUGAGCUGGGUCCCGGGGCCCAUGAGGAAGACAGGCAGCGGGCCCCGGGCAUCUUCCUGGGUGGGUCAGCCCACAGUGGAUGGUUUGUUUUGGGUUUUGUUUUUUAAGAUUUAUUUUAUUUAUUUGAAAGGCAGUUUUAGAAUUCUUCCAUCUGCUGAUUAACCCCCCAAAUGGCUACAAUGGCCAGGACUGAGCCAAAGCAAAGGCAGGAGCCAGGAGCUUUUUCCAGGUCUCCUAUGUAGGUUGCAGGGCCCCUAGCACUUUGGCCGUCCUCUGCUGCUUUCCCAGGCUUUAGCAGGGAGCUGGAUCAGGAGUGGAGCAGCCGGGACAUGAACUGGCCAUGGGAUGUUGGUGUUGCCGGCGGCGGCUUGUACCCUCUACACCACAACACCGGCCCCAACCUGCAGUGUUUUACCUUGGACAUAACAAUUGCAACCCCCUCACAAUGGAGGGCAUCCGCCAGAAGGAAAUGGAGAACAAACGGCUGCAGCUGCUCAAGGAAGACGACAAGCAGGAAAAGAAAGUAGCCAGAAAGGGAUUCAAUACAUCGUCCUUCCUACAAAAGCGCCAGCUGGGUUUUCUCAGUGUCACCAGUUACUGCCGCUUAGCCCACGAGCUGCGACUGAGCUGCAUGCAGAGGAAGAAGGUGCACAUCCGCAGCUCAGAUCCCUCUGCUUUGGCGAGCGACCGAUUUAACCUCAUCCUGGCGGAUACCAAUAGUAGCCGGCUCUUCACUGUUAAUGACGUCAGAGUCGGAGGCUCCAAGUAUGGCAUCAUCAGCCUGCGCGGCCUGAAGAUGCCCACGCUGCAGGUGCACAUGCAGGAAAACCUCUACUUCACCAACCGUAAGGUGAACUCCGUGUGCUGGGCCUCGCUCAAUCACCUGGAUUCCCACAUCCUGCUCUGCCUCAUGGGGCUUGCAGAGACUCCGGGCUGUGCCACGCUACUCCCAGCGUCACUGUUUGUCAGCAGUCACCCAGCAGGGGAGCGGCCUGGCAUGCUGUGCAGUUUCCGCAUCCCUGGCGCUUGGUCCUGCGCGUGGUCCCUGAACAUCCAGGCAAACAACUGCUUCAGUACCGGCUUGUCUCGGCGGGUCCUGCUGACCAACGUGGUGACGGGGCACCGGCAGUCGUACGGAACCAACAGUGACGUCUUGGCACAGCAGUUUGCUCUCCUGGCUCCCUUGCUCUACAAUGGCUGUCGUUCCGGGGAGGUGUUUGGCAUUGAUCUGCGAUGUCCAAGUCAAGGCAGUGGCUGGAAGGCCACCCGUCUGUUCCACGACUCGGCCGUGACCUCAGUGCAGAUCCUCCAGGAAGAGCAGUGCCUGAUGGUGUCAGACAUGGCUGGAAAGAUCAAGCUGUGGGACCUGAGGACCACCAAGUGUCUGAGAGAGUACAAAGGCCACGUGAACGAGUAUGCCUACCUGCCCCUGCACGUGCACGAGGAGGAGGAAAUCGUGGUGGCAGUGGGCCAGGACUGCUACACAAGGAUCUGGAGCCUGCACGAUGGCCAGCUGCUCAGAACCAUACCGUCCCCGUACCCCACCUCCAAGGCCUACAUUCCCAGCGUGGCCUUCUCCUCCCGCCUCGGGGGCUUCCGCGGGGCGCCGGGGCUGCUCAUGGCCGUCGGGCAGGACCUCUACUGCUUCUCCUACAGCUAGCCCAGCAGCACGCAGCCUGGAGGACCUUGGACUUGACUGAAAGAGUAAAGAGUGCUUUGCUUCCAUUUCUGCUGAGGGUGUUGUACGUGACACUGGGUGACUGGAUCCCAUCCGCGCCUCUGCUGGGGCGCGGUGCUAAGUGUCUUGCGUGGAGAUGGUUCCAUGAAGAUAUUUCCGUUAAACUCGGGGCUCAGUGAGCUUGGAAGUCCUUUUCAUAAAAGGUAUUUGUUCCCUUUUCUUGUUGGAUUCCUUAGAAUAGUUCCCCUCACCAUCUUUUGCUUGUUUUAACAGAAAAAAAAGAGACCUUUUUUCUAAGAACUGAAGCUUGACAAAAGCUAAAUUAAAGACCCUUCUUUGA